AUGGGUCUCGAGGGAGAGAUACUUGCUAGGAUUGGUCCUAAUCUUGGAGGUAUCUUCCAAGGAACUGUUGAUCCUAUCCGGUCACUGGUUCAAGACAACAAACUCCAUCGCAUGCUGAAUGGUAUGGAGCUGGUGCAGAAGAUGAAGGCUCACCUUGGAGAGUAUCUAUCUUAUUUCUCGACUAAGAAACCUGUUCAACAUGUCCUCGAAGUUGGAUCGAGCACGAGCAACAUGACAGAAACUCUCUUCAGUGCCUUUGCUGGCGAGAAAGGUAUAUCCUACAGCAUCACAGACCGAUCGCUUCCGGUACUGCAGCAAAUAAAGGCCUCAUUAAAGGGUCCAUUCCAACUCAAAGCUUUCGACAUCAACCAUGAUCCCCUUGACCAAGGAUUUAGCCCAGAGUCUUUCGACGUGGUCAUCGUCAACAAUAUUUUAUAUACAGCGAAUUAUUUAACUGAGGCUCUGAGGAACCUGAGAAAACUCAUCGUUCCUGGCGGCGUCCUUGUCCUCGUCGGCCUUUCAGAUAUCUCGCCAGCCUAUAAUCUCAUAUUGGGCGUGAAUGCGAAUAUGUGGUCUGGUAUGUUCACCAACAUGUUCUUCCAGGGAAACUUUUACUAA